CUCAUUUUGUCCGCCUUUAUCAUGGCAACCGAAAUUGGUUCUCCACCUCGGUUUUUCCACAUGCCACGGUUCCAGCAUCAGGCUCCCCGUCAGCUCUUCUACAAGCGCCCCGAUUAUGCGCAGCAACAGGCCAUGCAGCAGCUCACCUUCGAUGGGAAGCGCAUGCGCAAGGCUGUGAACCGCAAGACCAUAGACUACAACCCUUCGGUCAUCAAAUACCUCGAGAAUCGUGUGUGGCAGAGAGAUCAAAGGGAUAUGAGAGCCAUCCAGCCUGAUGGUGGCUAUUACAAUGAUCUGGUUCCUCCCAUUGGGAUGGUCAACAACCCACUCAAUGCUGUGACAACCAAGUUUGUGCGUACAUCUACCAACAAAGUGAAAUGCCCGGUGUUUGUAGUCAGAUGGACCCCUGAAGGCCGCCGCUUGGUAACUGGAGCAUCAAGUGGAGAAUUUACUUUGUGGAAUGGGCUCACUUUUAAUUUUGAAACUAUUUUACAGGCUCACGAUAGCCCAGUCCGUGCCAUGACAUGGUCACACAAUGACAUGUGGAUGCUGACUGCGGACCACAGCGGCUACGUGAAAUACUGGCAGUCCAACAUGAACAACGUCAAGAUGUUCCAGGCGCAUAAGGAGGCGAUUAGAGAAGCCAGUUUUUCUCCAACGGACAAUAAAUUUGCCACCUGCUCAGACGACGGCACAGUUAGGAUCUGGGAUUUUCUCCGUUGUCACGAAGAAAGAAUAUUAAGAGGGCAUGGUGCAGAUGUUAAAUGUGUUGAUUGGCAUCCUACCAAAGGACUUCUUGUUUCUGGAAGCAAGGACAGCCAACAGCCCAUUAAAUUCUGGGAUCCAAAAAAUGGGCAGAGUCUUGCAACAUUACAUGCUCAUAAGAACACAGUAAUGGAAGUGAAAUGGAACCUCAAUGGAAAUUGGCUGCUCACUGCUUCCCGAGACCAUCUCUGCAAGCUGUUUGACAUCCGCAACCUUCGUGAAGAGUUGCAAGUUUUCAGAGGCCACAAAAAAGAAGCCACAGCUGUUGCCUGGCAUCCAGUGCACGAGGGUCUCUUUGCCAGUGGGGGUUCUGAUGGCUCUCUUCUGUUCUGGCACGUCGGGGUAGAAAAGGAGGUAGGUGGCAUGGAGAUUGCUCAUGAGGGUAUGAUCUGGAGCCUUGCUUGGCAUCCACUGGGACAUAUACUGUGCUCAGGAUCUAACGAUCACACCAGCAAAUUCUGGACAAGAAAUCGCCCUGGAGAUAAAAUGCGUGACCGUUACAACUUGAAUCUACUGCCUGGCAUGUCAGAGGAUGGUGUAGAAUAUGAUGAUGUUGAACCCAACAAUCUAGCUGUUAUUCCUGGUAUGGGAAUCCCAGAACAGCUGAAAAUGGCAAUGGAACAGGAACAGAUGGGCAAGGAGGAAGCUAGUGCCGUGGAAAUGACCAUUCCUGGGCUGGACUGGGGAAUGGAGGAGGUGAUGCAGAAGGAUCAAAAGAAAGUACCCCAGAAAAAAGUUCCUUAUGCCAAACCUAUACCAGUGCAGUUCCAACAGGCCUGGAUGCAAAAUAAGGUACCUAUCGCACCAGCAGCAGAAGCUGUUCCCGAGCGAAAGGAAGAGGUUAAACAUGAUGAGAAGAAAAAGAACCAGGCUGAGAUUGAGCAGGAAAUGGCAGCUCUGCAAUACACAAAUCCCCAGUUGCUGGAGCAACUGAAGAUUGAAAGAAUAGCACAGAAGCAGGUGGAGUCUACAGGGCAGACUCAGGGGCUUGCUUCUCCUUUGGCAGGAGCACCCCAUGUGCCACCAGCCUUUCAAGGCACAGGACCUCAUUCUCAGCCACCCCAAGGAUUCCAGCAACCUCCUCCUACCCAGCAGAUGCCAAUGAAUAUGCCACAGGGCCCCCCGGGACAGUUCAGACCACAAGGGCCCCAGGGACCUGCAGGUCCGCAAGGUUUCAUGGGCCCAGGUCCACAAGGAAUAAGACCUCAAGAGAUGCAUCCUGGGAUGCCCAGACUUUCAGGUCCGCAUGGCCCAGUUGGUUCCCAAGGUCCUCCAGCUAAUCCUGGACCACAGGGUCACUUGGGACCUCAAGGGCCUGCAGGUCCAAGAGGUGUUCCGGGAGUGAGCCCUCACCAUGGAAUACAGGGACCACUUGGUCCACAAGGACCGCCUAUGGGAGUUACUCCAAGAGUUCAAAUGCCCCAUGGACUCAGAGACAAUCAAGGGCCUAAUCAGGGCAUGCUAAUGGGACAUCCAGCACAAGAUAUAAGAGGGCCCUCAGGCGCAAUGGUUGGACAUGGUCCUGAUAUACAUGCACCCAUGGAGAUACGAGGACCCUCAGACAUGCGUGGUGUCCCAGAUAUGAGGGGUCCUUCAGAUAUACGUGUACCACAAGAUAUGCGAGGUCUGCCAGAAAUGCGUGGGCCUCAAGACAUGAGGGGGCCCUUAGACAUGCGCGGCCCCCCUGACAUGCGUGGUCCCCUGGAUAUGCGAGGGCCCCCAGAUAUGCGCGGCCCUCAGGACAUGCGUGGUCAUCAUGAUAUAAGGGGUCCCCCGGACAUGCGUGGCCCUCAAGACAUGCGUGGUCCCCCGGACAUGCGUGGCCCUCAAGACAUGCGUGGGCCCCCGGAUAUGCGUGGCCCUCCAGAUAUGCGUGGUCAUCAUGAUAUGCGUGGCCCUCCAGACAUGCGUGGGCCCCAGGAUAUGAGGGGUCCUAUGGAUAUGCGUGGACCCCCUGACAUGCGCGGGCCUCCGGACAUGAGAGGGGGCCCUCAGGAUAUGAGGGGGCUUUCAGACAUGCGUGGACCCCCAGAUUUACGAGGCCCCCAUGACAUGCGUGGACCCCAUGAUAUGCGUGGACCCCCUGACAUGAGAGGACAACCAGAUAUGCGUAGUGCACAUGAUAUGAGAGGUCCCCCUGAAAUGCGUGGCCCCCAAGAUAUGAGGGUACCUCCUGAAAUGCGUGGGCCGCAGGAAAUGAGAAGACCUAAUGACAUGAGAAGUGGACAUGAAAUACGUGGUCCUCAAAAUAUGAGAAAUUCUCAAGAUGGGAGGGGCCCACCUGAUUUGCAUGUUUCUCAAGAUAUGAGGGCACCCCCAGAUCUGCGAGGUCCCCAAGAUAUGCAUCUUCCAGAAAUGAGGGGACAUCCUGACAUUGGCGGACCUCAUGAAUUAAGGGGGCAUCAGGAUGUAAGAGGAGCUCAAAACAGGGGGGGAUCAUCUCAAGAUAUUCGUGGACCACACGGAGCUCAAGGAAACCAGCCGGUACCUCACAGUCAGCAGAACCCAGCAAGAUUAUCUCAACCAACACAACAAAAAGCUGCAUUACUGGGUGAUGGGCCCAGGCCUUUUAACCAGGUUGGAAAAAGCCAGGGGCCUCCUCCUCUGCUCCCUGGUUUAGGGCAACAAGGCCCACAAGGACGUGCCCCACCACUCAACCAAGGUCAUCAAGGGCCCAGUCCCAACAAAGGUGAUAUACGGGGGCCCACAAACCAUCAGUUAGGCUCACAACCUGACCGUAGACGAGACCCAAGCCCAGAGCGUGGUCCGUACAGAGGUGGCCCAGAGUGGAAUGACUCCUGUGACAGUAGAGGACCCCCUGACAGGCGGGGUCCGCACACUGAUCCACACGAGCACCCUGAUGAUUACCACUCAGAUGAUCGAUAUGGUCCUCGGGCUCGAGAGUUUGAUGGAAGAGGUGGGGGUCCUCUACCACAUGACGAGAAAUGGAGGCGUGGGGGUCCUGGGCCUGCAUAUCCUUCCAAUCAUAGAGAUUUUCCAGAUCGAGACAGAGAAUCGAACCGCUGGGAGGGUAGAAGACACUCAGAGGAGAGAUACUCAAGAGACUCUGAGGAUUUGAGGUUUCGGGGACAGAGAGAUGAGAGUUUCCGUAGAGGUGGGCCCCAGAGACAUGAAGGACGGGGUUCACGAGGAAGAGACAGCUUUUCCAAUGCUGAUGAGUUUGCUCCAGAUGAUAUAUUUGAUCCAAAGGAUGAGCCUAUAAGAGGGCGAGAAGGGGGCAGAGGACGUGGACGUGCCUCGCACAGAGGUGGGGACAUUUGUGAAGCAAGAAAGGGGCUCCUUCCCACUCCAGAGCAGUUUUCUAGUUCUGACCGUGGACCAAACCACCAAUCCCGAGAUUCUGGGAGAGAAAUUGGAAUAGAACACUUUCAUGGCAGCCCUCGAAGGGAUAUCCCAACACCUGACAGUCACUCCCCAGCAAGCAGGGAACGUACGUCUUCAUUACAAGCAAUGGAUAUGGCUUCUCUUCCACCACGCAAGAGACCCUGGCAUGAUGGGCCAGGUACUCCAGACCCCAGGGAUAUAGAACCAUCAGGAGGGUUAUCUGAGGAAACUGGGAAAGGUCGUGAAAGCUCUGGCCACUCAAGAUCACAAAGACCAAGUCGCUCCAGCUCACUGGAGCAGGACGAGGGUUCAAGAGGAGGACGAGGGUCGGGAAGCUGGAGCCGAGGUGGCUCUGGAUCAAACAGCAGCAUGAACUCAAACCAGUCGUGGCGAGGAGGUCCGAGGACAAGUGGAAGCAGUGGAGGUGGAAGGAGCCGGUAGAAAACCCUGAAAAAGCUGUAACUCUCUCUUGUCCUCAAGUCCAUAUUGGACCAAAUGAACUUGGGCUUUUAGAGGGAUUCAGCAACAGUAUCAGUACUAAAGAAGGAGUCCUGCUUGUGGUUCUAACCUGUAUGACCCCCAGAGCACUGGAAGCAUCAAUCACCUUCACAAGACAAGAAUCCUUUAAUGAGAACAAACCAAACAAAACCAACAUUUUUGUUUCCCCCCCCUUUCUUUAGUUUAGUUUUUUUGCUGGUGUUACAGUGCAAACAUCCACACUUCCAAUCAUUCUGUGCACCAGUGGGGAGAUGCUUAAAACAAAAAUAUAUAUGAUCUUUCUAUUUGUACAGUUUGUCAGGAAUCGAGUUGUUUUUUUUGUAUGCAAUGCCGAAUGUAAGAAAUAACUAUGAAAAAGAAAGUCGCCUAGACCUUAUUUUACAUUCUGAAUAUGAAAGAUUCUGUUGUGUGUGUGUAUAUAGGAAAGGUUUCCUGGAUUUUAGGUCUGUAUAUUAUGUUUGCAGCCAGCACACCUGAUAUUAACAUACUGCAAAAAGAUGCAACAUGGAGUAUGAGUGCUUAUUUCAGUUCUGUUUUACCGACUCUUUUCAUUGUCUCCUGCCUGUUUAGAACUUGUUACUUUGACACAUAGACAGACUACAAACACCCAACUGACCUCUGUAUUUUGUAAACGGUGAGAAAUAUCAGAUAUUGGUUAAACAAAUAUUUAUAACCUUUGAAAGAUGACUAAUGAUACGUUCUUCAGUAAUUUUUUUAUGUGAUUGUAGUUCUGCCAUUGUCCAAAGAAACAGUUUUUAGCACUGUAUUUUGUACAUUAGCUAGAAGACAAGCAGUCUGAAACAUCUGCUGUAACCUAUUCAUGAAUCGUUGCAUGUUUGUAUGUUUACGUUAUACCUACCUUGCUUAAAGCCAUCAGUGUUUUUGAAAA